UAAAGAGCGAAGCUUGGGCAUUUGCUGCCUGCCUCUGCGCAGUAAUAACCACGAACGGCAGCAGAAGCAUGAGCUUGAAUGAGUUGGAUGUGGAGGCAUCUUGGCUGACAGCGUCACGACUGCCACUUUGUCCGCUUUAACAACAACCGGAGCUCUCUCUUCCCUUUUUCUACCGCUGCUGCUGCUGCCCACAUUCCCCAAUCUCAACUCCUCUCUCUCUCUCUCUAUCUCCUUUUUGCCUUCCAGGAGAACAACUCCUGGAACAGCAUUUGCUUGGCUGUGACAAGUAUGAGACGAGUUAACAGGGAUUUACCUCGCAUGCGGCAUCUUUGAGCAGGCAAGCGAGACUGCUGGGCUGGUGAUUGCUUCUCCAGGUUCUUUGUCGAUUCUUGGCACUGGUUACGAAUUAGUAGAAUGAAGGAUUUCCCUUCCUGCUUUGGAGAAAGUGGAGUUCAAGUCUCCGAUUCCUCGUCGGGAGCCAGCAAGACUACUCAAAAUCUGGUAACUUGUCUUUACCAAGCUCAACUCUUUGGCCGGUCGUGUGUAAUCAAUGUUACAUGGAGCAAGAAUCUGAUGGGGCAAGGGUUGAGCAUUGAGAUCGACGAUUUAGCCAACCAAUGCCUCUGCAAGGUGGAAAUUAAGCCAUGGUUGUUCUCCAAGAGAAAGGGCUCCAAGACCAUGGAGGUGGAGGAUAGCAAGAUAAUUGUUUUCUGGGAUCUCUCUGCUGCCAAGUUCGGAUUUGGCCCUGAGCCUCUUGAAGGUUUCUAUGUUUCCAUUAUCUACAACAAUAAGAUGAUCCUCCAGCUUGGAGAUCUAACCAAAGAAGCUUACCGGAAGACUAGUAUCAGCACUUCAAAUGCAGUAUUCAUUGCCAAGAAGGAGCAUAUUUAUGGAAAGAAGAUCUAUUCAACAAAAGCACAAUUUUGUGAUAAUGGUCAAUUCCAUGAAGUUGCCAUAGAGUGUGAUACUCUAGGGCUCAAGGAUCCCUGCCUUGAGAUCAGUAUUGACCGGAAACGGGUAAUGCAGAUCAAGAGACUUGCAUGGAAAUUCCGUGGCAACCAAACAAUUCUUGUCGAUGGGCUUCCCGUGGAAGUAUUUUGGGAUGUUCAUAGCUGGCUUUUUGGUGCUCCUUCAGCGAGCGCUGUCUUCAUGUUUCAAACUUGCCUUUCAUCUGAAAAAUUGUUGCCAUGGUCUACCACAGAAAUUUUCAGGGAGACUCAGCCUCAAGGCCUUGGUUUUUCAUUGACUUUAUAUGCUUGGAAACAUGAAUAGUUGCAGGAGGAUUUUCUUUACUCUCUUUAUUUUUAUUUUUAUUUUUAUUUUUGUGUGUUAACAUAAUCUAGCAAGUAAUUUGUUUUUAACAAUGAGAGUGAAGAUCAUUCUCUUAUAACUUUGUUCUGUGCCUAGUGGGUCACAAGACUAUAAAACAUGAAUGGAUUGCUUCUUUUAUUCU